UAUUCCACCGUGGUUUGUGUUCCUUAUGACCUUAUGGUGAUGUUUAGGUCCAUGUGAUUUCUUGUUUCCCCCAUCUGGUGUGUGCUGGCCCUCGUUCGAGUCGACCUGAAUAUCUCUCCAUCUGCUCUGUCGCCAUGGCUGACCUCGACAGUUUCUUCGCUCGAAAGGAUAGAAAGAAAGUAAAAGGCAGGAAGUUUACUACUACGGACGAGAUAGCCCGCCGUCUAGAGGAGACUGAGAAGAAGCUGGAGCAGCAGCAGCAGCAGGGCGUCAAGGCCAAGGCGGAAUCCUUGGUGAAGAAACAGCCACAAGAAGAAAGUACGACGGAAGAAUACCCGGUCGAGGAAGAGAAUCCCCCAAAGGAAGAAGAAGAAGAAUGGAACGACUUUAAAGAUGAGGGUGAUAAAGAUCUAACAGACUUAAAAAUCACAAAGUUGCAAAUAGAAGAUGAAGAAGAAGGUGGGGGAGGUUCAGCAGAUGAUGAUGGAGAAAAAGGAGAUCAUGGGGAUAAAAAGGAUGGAGUGUGGAAGACAGAACAAGUGCCAGCACCACCACCAGCACCUGUGGCUGCUCCUGUAGUGGAGCCAGAGGAAAAAAACAAACUUUCACAAAUGGGCUCCUCAUAUGUACCACCACACAUGCGCAGUAUGGCAGCAUCACCAUUACCAAAGUCCACCCCCAGGCGUAAUCGAACUGCUCCAGAUAUCAACAGUGAAAUGGCGUUCCCGUCUUUGUUUGAUGCUCAGGCAGCCAAUCCAAUGGGUGCUUGGGGAAAGAAGAGAAUGAACAAUGAGGGCUUUGAGAGUGUGAGGCAUGGUUCCACACGUUCCUAUCAAGAAGAUUAUGCAGCCCCCAAACUUAGUACAGCCAACCGAUUUGAUGCUCUAAGUGAUAACAGCUGAGGCGAUGGACUUAUAGAGCACUUGAUGAAAUAUAGGCUUGUUAUAAGGGUAGCGGAAGAUAAAGAGGGAUUUUAUUAUUAUUGUCAUUAUUACAAUUGUUGUUAUUAUUAUUAUUAUUAUUAUUAUUAUUAUUAUUAUUAUUAUUAUUAUUAUUUUUUGUCAUUGCAUUUGCUUUUGAAAAGUUGCUGGUUGCAGAUGGAAUAUAUACUAUCCAUUUUCUUUUUAUGUUACUUAGCCUGCAGUUAAGUGGUGUUGUUGUUGCAUAUUGGAACAGUCUUUGUUUAUUCAUUCUUUUCCAUAUAAAUCAUUUGUAGGAUAUUAUUAUUAUUAUUAUUAUUAUUAUUAUUAUUAUUAUUAUUAUUAUUAUUAUUAUUAUUAUUAUUAUUAUAUGUAUUUCAUUUAUUGGUUUAUUUUCUUUAAAGGAUGCAUGGUGACUGAUUUUGGACAUUUAAAAACAUUAAAACACAAUACAGUAUUUUUAUGAAAGUAACAAACACACUGGUCUUGUCCCAAAACCCUGUCAGUGGAAGUUGUUGGCUUGGUAGUGGUUGGUUUGUGUGCGUGUGUGUGAGAGAAAGAAAAAAAGAGCGUGAGAGCAAGAGAGAGAGAGAGAGAGAGAGAGAGUGAGGUGGAAAGCAGUGAAUAACUGUAAUUAAGCAGCAAAUUGUAUCAAUCAUUAUUGGGUGUUUGUUUAGGAGGGAAUAUUGAUGGUGUCUAAGCUCAAGCUUAAUAAAACUAAUAUUCAACUUUUAGUCUUCAUUUGAGGGUGUGAAAAUAAUGGUGACUGCCUUGAUUAAUAAAAAUAAAGAUAAAAGUAGUAGUCACUAAAUAGUGUAUAAUACAGUUAAUGCCUAUGAAGGGUUAUUUUCAUAUUUACGUGAUUUGGAAUAUUUUAUAUGUUAUUAUCUGCAACAUUAUAUAGUAAACAACAAUCAAACAUUUAAUAGGUAUUACUAAAUGCAAUAUUUAAAUACUCGGGGUCCAAGAACUUGUCUGGAGGCGGGUGUGCACAUUACCUGUGGUUGUAAGUAGUGACUCAAGUAAUGGACAUAUAAGGCCAAUUUCUCAUUGCUCUACAUCUUAGUUGCCAAUUGUCAGGUGAACAUUUUAGAGGUGAUGUCCCCUAAGUGUGCCUGUUUCUGAUCCAUAAUGCUCCCCACAUGGAAAUUCUCAAGAGUCUGAUCAAGAUAAAAGUACUCUUCCAAAAAUUUUAUCCUUGUGUAUCAGAAUUUAUUAACAUCCUUCAGUUUUAUUCUUGUAUCCUUUAUACACCACAUACAUUAAGGGGGUAGCAGAAGUUCAAGGAGGCUGACAGCUGUCUUUUAUAUAUCUCAGGAGUCCCCUUUGCAAAAUUACGGUGUAAGUGAAGAACAGAAAUAAUAUGUUGCUUGGUUAUUUUUAUUUUUUUAUUUUCAUACUUUUCAUCUCAAAGUGUUUCCAGACAGCAUGAUCCAGGAUGUGUUUUUUCUGAUGAACUGCAUUCUUUUAAAUAGUAAUGGAGAAAGAGAAGAAGCAGCACAUAAAUUUGAUUUUAUCUUCACGGAAAGAUCCAAAUUUUCAAAAAGCCACAGUAAUUCACAUUGAUAGGACUAAAGGGUGUCCUGAUGUUUCUUCCAUUUCUGCAUUGUAACAAUAUUUAACUGUGCAAGUUUUUUUUUUCAGUUGAGAAGAAAAAUGUAAUGUAAUGGUUUAUUUUGCUAACAAGCAAUAACUAAAAGUUGAGUUGUUGGGAAUAACUUCAGUAGGAUGAAGUGAAGAAAGUAAAACAAACAUUAAUUGAAAUUGUGAUGAAUCAAAGAGUGCAAAAAUGAAGCCAUAUAAAUACUGCAUGUCAUUAGUCAAAAUAGAUAAUAAUAUGUACAAGAAUGACUGACAAACUCUGUAGAACACUAUGCUGGAUACUUAACUUUGUUGAAAGAAAUAAGUAUUCAAACUGUAUGGUGGAAUAGACUGUCUGAUGUGCAGCACCAGAAGAAAUUAGCAUAAGUAGUGUUGGAAUGCAAGAAUUGUAUUAUUGCCUUGUUAUUCAUGUUUUUUCCUCUUUCACCUGUCACCCAACUCCCUUCAUGGCUGGAGGAGAGGAGCAAGGAGGAAAAAGAGGAACAAUAAUGAUUUGUAAUACAUUAAUUUAGAUGUAGUGAUGGAAUGGCAGUGGUGGAUAAUACAACUGUAUCCAGAAAUGUAAUGCCACUGAGAAGGGAAGGUGGAGGUAUAAUUACUAACUGCUGGAAGGUAAGUCAGGUGUGAUGGAUUUAUUUAUUUUUAUUUAUUUAUUUAUUUUCAAGUGGAUCAGUUAGGCACAAGAGAAUGACUGAGAUAUAAAAAAAAAAAAAAAAAGUAAAAUGAAAUCAAAUAAAGGAAGAUGCAUUAGAAAAAGUGUUACAGUGAAGUGUGCAGGAGAGGACUGGGAGGAGGAGAGCUGGUGGUGAGAUGGGGAUGAACAGUGGGUGAAGAAAUAUGCCUUCAGUAAAAGAAGACUAAGUCUGAAACAUGGUAGCAGAGGAAAGAUGAGAUCAUAUGAGAAAAAUACAAAAGGUUGAAUUUUACAAAUGAUGUACUCUUCAGAGAUUGAUUUAGUUUGCAGAUGAAGAGGCUGCAAAAGAAAUAACACUGCUGAUGGAGAGAAUCAUGAGACAAAUACACAAAAAUAAGUUAUACAAAUGAUGAUAACACUGCACACUAAUAAACUUUCCUGCCUGCACAUGGAAGGUCUCAGAAUUUGAAUCAAAUUUUAUAUUUGUACUUCAUGUUUCAUUUAUAGUCUUCAGGUUCAUUAAUUUCUGAAUCACAGGUAUUUCUGUUUCUUUUAAUUCAUCUGAAAUGUAUCAGUUUGCCUAAUCUAACAUUUUAUUAUUAUUAUUAUUAUUAUUAUUCUCUCUCUCUCUUUUUUUUUUUUUUUUAAGGAUCAUUAUCAUUAUUAUAAUCACUUGAAUCAUCACUUAACUGUAAAUACUGUAAUACGUAACACUUCCAUACCCUAAUACAUCUUUUGACCUAGCCUAAC